UCUUAGAUACUUGUACUUAAGUUUUUGCACCUGUAUCUCCACCAUUGAAGAAACCCAUCCCGACUCAAGAUGGCCGCAAUUAAUUACGCCGACGACUCCGCCUUCUCAUAUCUAGUCUUAUAUGUAUAACAUCUAUAAUCUCCAUGGAGACAUGCGUGGCAACAAAAGUGAUCGAAAAGACUGUCCGAAAGUCCUCAACAGUCGGUGACGCGUUCAUAAAACGCUCGUCACCUCGUUUGUAUAUUUAAAACAUAAAACACGACACGUAAUUACGUCGCCACAUUUUUUUCGUAGAGGAUUUACACCUCGGCGGUCCACGAUGAAGCCUAAAAAGAAGUCAAUUUCUCGUCCAACUAUGAGCACAGACGAUAACAAGGAGCCUGACGAAGUUUUGGAUGAAGACAACGACGGCGAAGAUGAUAACAACGACGCCGAUCGUGAAGCUGAUGGAGAAAAUGUCGAUAACGGCAACGAGGAGAACAUUGAAGGUGAUGACACCACUGAUGUUGAGGACGAUCGCGAUGCAGGUGAAGAUAAAGAUAACGGAGAUGACCAUAAAGAAGAAGAGAAUGACGGAAGUGAUGAUGAUUACGCUGACGAUGCUAGUUUGACAGAAGAAGAAGAUUUAGAGGUUACUGUCAAAACCACAAAAGGUCAUAGCUCCUCCGGUUGCGAUAUCACGACCAUCGCUUCCGAUCAGCACGUCACAGCGGACGACUUUACACGCAAUUUUCUCAGUCAAAUGAAGAUGACCGCCACUCUCGACUGUUUUCAAACGGAGUGGACGGAGAUGGUGCAGAAGGGCUUGCUGAAUCCCAAACGGGUCCUUGAAGUCCCGGAUGUUUAUGUGCAGAACCUGCGUUUGCACGGUGAACUGAAAAACGCGCUACGAGAGAGGGAGGAAUACCAAAUGGCAGCUUCCACCUCGGCCGACACGCUGGCGAGGGCGCAGAAGGCCCGGGACACGAUGUGGAUGAAGCGCAAGCGCGCCUGUCAGGAGAGGAACCGCCUAGUGGAGGAGGCGAGGCGGCUCAAGGCUCAGUGUCACUCGUAUGAACCAGCAAUCAGGAGGAUGGAUGACAAAUUUCAAGCACUGGCAGAGCAGACCAUGCGGGUGGCUCUGGGGAGGGACAAGUUGGUGAACCUUGUGCAAAGCCAACCAAGCCCCCCGAAUGCCCAAGGAGAUAUGGCACAAAAAACAAAUAGAUCAGUGACUAGCUCAUUUAGGUUAUGUUGCAGCAAAUCUAUGAAUUCUUGAAAGUCAAGACAGUAAUUAGCCAUCAACUGAAUGUAGGCUGCAAUUAUAGCCCCCACCCCCCAAAAAAACAGGUGGGUAGAGUAGCUAAAGUUUUUUACUCAAGUAAGAGUAGCUUUAUUUCAAAUUAAUACUGUGUUAACAUAGGCGGAUCUACUAUUCAGGCGAAGUAGGCGAUCGCCUCAGGCCCCCAACCAGUAGGAGGCCCCCAACCAGCUGCCCUUGCCCUAACGAGCAAGGGCUUGGGCCAACGGAGCCAGCAGCACCCCCAACUAUUCGUCAUGUAUAAUUAUGUCAGCGUAGCAAACAAACAAAUAACAAAACAAAAAAGAAAGCCAUUUGAAUGCUGCAUUUAUAUUAGCUCUCCCCCACACACCAGCACUACAAUGGACUGUUCCACGACGAUUGAGUAUCAGUCGCUUAGCUUCAUUUAGCGCCGUUUAGCUUCGCUUAGCUCCGUUGAACAUCGCUUAGCUCCGCUUAGCUGUUCGUUAGCUUCACUUAGCUCUCCCGCGUUUUUCACACCACGAAGCUUGCUAUUUGUACAGCUCACUUGCUACUUUGCUCGUCGGCUAUCGUUUAUUUUGAACACAUGAGCAAACGUGCUCUCCAUGAGAGCCAAAGUGCAGUGAGGGAGAAGUUGAGAACAGGCCGCUAAUGCCUGUUUUAACUUUCUGCUUCUUUACACCGAACAUAAAAUACUCGACAGCACACCGUCUGGCGAAACAAUGGAGUACAGUUCCAAUCAGUCAUACAAUAACACUCAACAGCUGGUUAACAGCAUUUGCUUACAAAAAAAAAAAAAAAUCUAUUAGUGACACCGCAAGCAAUGACGAAGAAUCUUUUUUUACGGAGUGUAAAGCUUUCAGUGAGCGGUUUAGCGAACGUACCUCCGGUGAACACUUCAAAAUAAAAGCACGUCAUGUUCGUCAUAUAAAUAACGAUUUCUAGAGUUAAUCCUACAUACUUCAGAAUUAAUAUUAUAAUAUGUUUUAAUAAUAUUAAUUCUGAAGUAUGUAGGAUUAACUCUAGAAAUCGUACAGUUUCAAAUUCAAGAUGUUUAUUUCUUCCACCAUCAUUAUAUUUUGAAUAAUAUUUAGCUGGUACCAAGUGAAAGAAGCUGGCCUCGUCUACAGAUCAUCAGUUAAAUAGGGGUGUCCAAACGUUUUGCAAAGGGGGCCAGAUUUGGUGUGGUAAAAAUGUGGGGGGCUACCUUGGCUAAUUUACGUAGAACAAUUUAGCAAGCCUUUCUGUGUGUCACAUUUGCUAUAUUAUUAUUUUUUUUUAAAUUAAUAAUUUCAACAAUCUCGCCUUUGUGGCGUUCUCUUUCGACCCUCGGGCUCUUGCGAAAUACUGCUGCUGUGAAAUUAAACUAGCUUCAAGUCGCUUUAAUUUCUCGCUGCGUAUUUUCCGUGUAAUCUUGUUGUACACGUCAGUGUGUCUUGUUUGGUAAUAUCGCAUCACAUCGAACUCUUUGAAAACAGCGACUGUCUCUUUGCAAAUGAGGCAGACACAGUUGUUGCGUAUUUUAUUGAAGAAAUAGUCCAAUAUCCACCUAUCCUUGAAGCGUUGGCCAUCGCAGUCAACUUUUUUUUUUUAGUGAUUGUCGCCAUUUUAGAAAAUUGGAAGUAAAGGGUCACACGGGGUAAUGUUGCUUAGAGUGCUGCUCUUAAAGUUUUUCAAACUUUUGUGAGAAUAUGCUGA